AUGAUUAAGGGGAAGUCCGAAAGGAAUUGCGUGAGAUAUUCCGAGUGUUUCGGAUAUUUUAUUAUAUCUAAAAGGGUCUCGCGGAAGGAUCUCACCAUGCACGCGGAUCUCUCGCGAUUGCACGACGACAAAUGCGACUAUUUCGUCGAUCAGCUGAAGCGCUGCCACAGGGAGAACCCCUUCAAGAAAUUCCUCGGCGCCUGCAACGGCGCCCACGACCUGAAGGCGAAGUGCCAGCAGCGGGAGCACCUCCUGCGGAGCCGCCGGAACGCCGAAAAAUCCGCCGAGAUGCAGAAACGGAUGAGGGAAAAAUCCGCCGAGCGAUGACAUAAAAAUUUGUAACACUAUGAUAAGUAAAUAUUAGUUUAUUCGAAC